AUGAAUGGGAUCAGCUUAGUAGGAAGUCCUUUGGGUAUGAUGAUCGCCCCUCCCGUGGUUCAGCAACUGAUCCAGCUUUAUGGUUGGCGAGGUGCUCUGGCUCUUCUCGGUGCUAUGUCGGCAAAUUAUUGCGUCUUCGCUGCUCUGGUAAGACCUCUGCGUACCAGAAACUCCUACACACCAAUAGCUGAUGGUGAGCCGAGCUCUACAACUAACCCAACUCCUAACGAGUCACUCUGUGAUAGUUGGAGACAAUGGGUCGGAACAAUGUGUGAGAAACUUGACCUCAAAAUAUUCGUUGACGAACCAGGAUUCGCCAUCACCCAGAUUAUUUUUUUCAUAAAUGGUAUCUUGUUCUUUGGUUGGCAUAUCUAUCUCAUCCCGAAUGGAACUGCUCUGGGUUUCAAUAAGACAAGAUCAACAUUUCUGGCUACCUUCUGGGGCUUUGGAAGCAUGUUUGGACGCCUUUUGUCCGGAUUUGUAAUCGACCAUGGAGUGGUGCAAGCACAUAAUCUCUUCGCUGGGUCGUCUUUCCUGCUGACCUUGGUGUGUCUCCUUGAUCCUAUCGCUGCACCAUCAUAUGCGGCAGUUGCUACCCUCGCUACUCUUGGUGGGUUUUGCUUUGGAGUACUCUAUCCAUUAAUGAUAGUCUUGUCGGUUAAUUUUCCUGAAGAAAGAAGAGUGUCUGCCCUGUCUUGGAUGUAUUUAUUCGGUGGUUUCGGACUGUCAGCAGGAGGUUUCAUUAUCGGUUUGAUAUAUGACGUUACUGGUGAUUAUGGAGUUGCUUUCUGCACGAUGGGAGUAAUUUCUGCUGUCAUGGGGGUGUUGUCUUUGACGUUGAUAACUACUUGCUUUCCAUGUAAAACUCAGGAUCUGGGGUUGGAUUGA